CCCUCCCAAUCAUCCACGGUGGUCAUUUUAAUUGGUGACUGCUUGUUGGAGGAUCGAAGUCAACCCCUUCUCUGGCCACAGGUUUUUGUAGCUCUCCUCUGCCUGUAUAAAUGUAGCUUCUCGGCUGCUGUUCCACCCUGAGCAACAGUACUCCUCCUCCUCCUCCUCCUCCUCCAUACCUCCGCCGCACGAAAUGGAGCCUUCGAUGGUGCUUCAGGAGGCGGGAUGGAGCUCAUCGGAUGCCACCGUGCCAUACGAUGAUGAUGGUUCUGAAAUGGUGGCACAUUUGCUUGGCAUCUACAGCUCAUCCAGUGAGCAAGACUGCCACGAUCAGCUCUUCUGUUCAUGGGAUAAUGUUGAUGCCAGCUUCGACGUUCACCAGUACGGUGGCUUCUUCUUUGGAUCCCACUGUGGGUACGAUAGCUAUGACGCGAGUGAUGUGAUCAACGUCGGCUCCACCUCCAUGAACAACAACGGCGACUCCAUCUCUCCGCUCGGCGGUCCGACUCGCCUCGACGACGGCGAAACGAGCAGCGAUGAGAUUGCGGAGCUCGGGGGCGCUCAGGAUCAGGUGCUGCAGCCUGAAAGAAAGAGUGGAUCACGUUCCAAGGAUGAUGGCUCCUCCCAAAGCUCAAAGAAGGCUCGAGCUUCCACCACUGUGGUGAAGACACCGAAGAGAGGCAAGAAGAGAAGGAACAGGAGCUGCGACGGGGAGGAAGAGAGCAACACCACCACCAUGAAUUGUCGUCUGAACUCCUGCAGCUACAGCUGGGAAGAUGACUCGAGAGCCUUGCAACAUCUUAGCACAGGAAAGGGAGCAGAUCAAGAGCCAUCGACCAAUCCACAAAGUCAAUAUGCAAGGAAAAGGAGGGAGAGGAUCAACGAGAGACUGAGGAUUUUACAGAACCUCGUUCCCAAUGGAACAAAGGUUGACAUUAGCACGAUGCUGGAGGAAGCUGUCCAUUAUGUGAAGUUCUUGCAGCUCCAAAUUAAGCUGUUGAGCUCGGACCAACUGUGGAUGUAUGCUCCCAUUGCUUACAACGGAAUCAACAUCGGACUUGAGAUAGACAUUUCUCCACAGCAACCACAGUAGAGUGAUUGAUUUCUUGAGAAUGCUACAAGACUGUGUACUAACGCUUUGAAAGAGACUUGACAAUGUAUUGGUAUCAUGUGAUUGGGUUUGAUAUGCUAAUCAUAACCUUUUCACAUCACAAGUAAUUUUUUUGUGUUUUUGAUCUUUUUCAGCAUGCAAACAAACACAUAAAGGAAUCGGUUCACAAA